UCGGUCAGCGCGCGUAUGUCGGAGGGUGCGGUCGCCGUUGAGCCUUCGGACGGUCUGCAGAAGCGGCAGCGCAGUGACCACGAGCCAUGGACAACACAGAUGGAAGCGGGAGUGCCAAGCGGGAAUCAACUGACGAUGGGCGGGCUGACGGUGAGGCUCCGAGCAAGCGACCGAGGAACACUGGUGGAGGCCGUGCUGUUGACUGUCCGUUUUCUGCUCCAGAGCAGAAAUGCUGGUGCCAUCAUUGGCAAAGGUGGUUCCAAUAUCAACAGCCUAAGGAAAGAGUUCAAAGCAAGCAUAUCCGUGCCAGACUGCCCCGGCCCAGAACGGAUCCUUUCCAUCGUGGCUGACCUGGACACGCUUGGCGAAAUUCUGCUCAACAUCAUUCCCAAGUUGGACGACUUUGCUCAGCACACCGGCCAGAACGGAGGCUCGGAGAGUGAAAUGCGCCUGCUCAUGCACCAGAGCCAUGCCGGCUGUAUUAUAGGUCGUGCGGGCUGCCGCAUCAAGGAACUCCGCGAGUCCACUGGGGCCAACAUCAAAGUUCACGGCAGCUGCUGUCCAGGAUCUACCGAGCGCAUUGUCAAAGUCACUGGCUCACCUCCUGUUGUGGUGGAUUGCAUCAAGCAGAUUUGUGACAUCAUUGGAGUGGCUCCUAUCAAGGGCCUGAACAAGCCAUAUGACCCCCACAAUUUUGACCCGGAGUUUGCCCAGGAGUAUGGUGGCUUUGGUGAAGGGGCUGCAGGCGGUGUCUCUGGAGGUGGCGGAUCACUUGCAGGGAUGUCUGUGGGUCCAACUCGUGGCAGCAGCAGCAGCAGAAGUGGCAGUAUGUCCUUUUGGCGAGAUGAGCCUGUGGACGCCUUUGCCCGAGGCAGAGGCCCCAAGCGUGGACCGUGGGGGGAGGCUAGCCCUCAGCUUCCCCCUCAUCCCUUCGCGGACGAGCCAGCACGCCCCUGGCACUCGCCGCCAUCGCUUAGCUCUGGUGGCAUGCACAGGGACCUGCCGCGCUCGUACAGAGGAGGUGGCAUGCCAAGGGGCGGCACUUAUGGCAGGGGAAACUACAAUGGAAGAUAAAAGGCUGCCUUAGCAGGAAAUGGGAAAAAAAUUGGGCUGGUCUUGUUGGUAUACUAAGGUUUUGGCACUGAGAAUAUUUCCACCUCGGAAUGCCUGCCUGCCCGUUGUUUUGCCGUGUCGUUCACUUAAAAAGCUGACUUACACACUUGUUCACACACAGAGGGUAUUGGCUGGCAGCUGGAGGGAUCAUCAUUUUCUUUUUUUUGUUAGUUUUUGUUCUUUAUUUCUUCAUUGCACACCUCAUAAGUAUUGACAGCGUGGAGUUAUGUCAAACUGAUCAGCAGAUUCUUCACACCAUUCAGAGCGAAUUGAAGCCGUCAAAACGUCAUCCGCCCACUUGUUGCAGCAUAGCACCUUUCCAGUGCAAAUAUGCUUUAUUUUUCUUUUAUUUUACCAGAGACUGUUUUAGUUGUUUCGAAGGUGCUGCCGUUUAUCUUUGAUGCUGUGUACAAAAAGAAGAAAAAGGAAUAAAAGCUCUUUAAAUAUGUU